AUGCCUUUCUGGAGCUUCUCCCGCGAAAAGGACGGCGUCAACCGGGUGGACGAGCUGCUGUCGGAGGGCUAUGCUUGCCUCGACCAGGCCCUCAUCUACGAUGAGGAUGGCGAUUAUGACGGCUUCGUGCGCACGGAUUCGAUUCGAAAAAAGCUCGACACGGCCGGCGAGGAGGAGGCCGAGCUCGUCUACUUUUUGCCGGGCGGCGUCCAGCUGUUUACGAUUGAUGUCGGCCCCUGGGUGUAUCCGCUGAUGAAGGACCAGACGCCGGUGCUGAAGAACGAAUUCGGAGCCUACGUCGUCGCAAAUCCUACCCCAGAGCAGCCAAAUAUGAUGGUGGCCAUCAUGCUGCCCUCUGACCUUGACGAGAAGCUCGUGGAGGAGUUCGAGUACGUGCUGAAGGAGUACGCAGCGCUUGGCGCCCAGGAGGUGAAAGACGCGCUGACGAAGGAGGAGCAGCAGCGCCUCAGCGAGCGCAUCGCCAAUUUGCUAGUGAAAACCGGGGAGCAGAUCGCCUGGGGAGUGCACGCAACUACGGCCCGUGUAGCCAGUGAAGUGGAAAAGAAGAAUGUGCAAUACCGCUCCGGGCGUCAGCCGACCGAAAACCCGCUCAACAUCUCGCCGGCCAUCAAGUCGAGCGUCGUCUACAUGCACAAGGGCGGCAAGGUGGUCGCCAAGUGCACGCGAUAUUUGCUCGACAAAAUCGGAGACAUGGGCGUGUCGGUGGGCCGUUCGAUCGCUUCCGGGGCCCGGGACCGAUUUGGUGAGGGAAAGACGGGCGGCAUGGUGACGGGGACGAUCACGGUGCUCGGCGGCGGCAUCACCAGCGUGUCGACGGUGUGGAUCGCGCUGGAGAGCGCGAGCAAGAACCUGUGCAAGUCGAUCGCCAACGAGACGGUGGAGAACGUCAGGGUUCACCCACAAGAGCCUCCGAAAAGUUCAAGACUCGUAUUGGCCCCCGAAAACAACGAUCGCGGCAGCAAGAAGAAGCGCCACCUCACCUACAAGGAGGGAUGGGUGGAAUUUUCACGGAAAAGCGUGGCGAAGCGAUUGGCGAAAUCGCUAAAUGGCGUAGAAGUGCAGGUGAAGGCCAAGCAUCCAGCGUCGGGCACCAUGUGGCUUUGCAAGUACCUUCCGGGUUUCAAGUGGAUUCAUCUGAUGGAGCAGAUGGAUUACGAGAGGAAGGUGUCGAUGCAACGGAUGAAGGUCGAAAUCACGCAAGCCAAGAAGGUCGCCGAGCACUUUGCCACCCAAGUCGAGAAGGGCGCCCAUCUGCGCAAGCUCGAGGAGAAGGUGCUGAAGAAGGGCGGCCUCUGGGAGAAGCACCAGCGCGACAUCGAGCAGCGGAAGAGCCGCGCCGGCAAGAAGAAGCCCAAGACGGACCGCCAGGCCGCCAAGGACGAGGACGAUUUGAUGAAGCUGAUCUACGCCGAC